GUUCUGUUUUAUCUGUGCGCCUGUUGCGGUGCAGCAUUGGUCGUCAACGUAAAAACAGUUUUUCGUUUCACAACAAUGUGAGUACGACGACGAUGUUUUCGUAACAGUACAACGACGAUUCUGAUGGUUUACAUUUGUUGGAACAAUGGUCCUUCUAAGGACUAAGCCGUAUACUUAUGCAACAACAACAAUGUGAGAGCUGUUACUACUGCAGUAAUGACGAACAAAACUGGUGUAUUGGACAUGUCUCAUGCCACGCCAUUAGAAGGAGUCUUAAUUUAACAUAUUUUUCUAAUAAGUUCUUAAAAACAAUCGUUUGAUUUUAUAUCGCAAAAUUAAGUAUCCCACGAUGUCUACCGACGAAAAUGAUUCAACUUACAAGGAAGCAAAAGAGGAUGUAUUUAUCACUAUGGAGCGAUAUAAAGUGAAACUGCCAGUCGGAAUAACCUUGAUGCUUCAAGAUCUUACAAGGGAGGUCAUUAGGGAAAAGCCAAAGAACAUCUUUUUGUUUGCUGCUGAUCUGUUUCUGCGACGCAUCAAAGAGCGCUCCGAAGAUGUGGGACCCUAUGGAUUUACCAGCUCCGCCGAUCAUGAGUUUUGUAAAUAUCGGGACAAAGAAAUCCGUGAUCACAGUGUCUCUGACGAUAAAAGUAAAACUAAGUCAUCAGUCAAACGUUCAUCUGCAAAGAGUUUUCUUACGAAGCCAGGGAGCUUCAAAGACCAACAAAAGCGAUCCAGUGAGAGACGCCCAAAUCCAUGUCAACUGCUCGGAUCUACGCGUGAUUCUACCAUGGAGAACGAUGAUGUGCAUGCUUCAAUAUUUCCAGUUCAGGCCAGGAAAUUGACGAGACCAUUAUCCUUCGUUUCCGAAGACUCAGCAAAAGAUCCCAGUCCAACCUUUCAAGAGAGGCGAAACGGGUCUCAAAUUGCUAGGGACGUGACAAAUCCUGAUGGCACUCGCAGAUCGGUUGGGAUACAAGAAGCGCGUUAUCUGGUUGUCCCUCCUCCAGAAACACUCCUUAAUCAGUAUCCACAGAAUACAAGACAAAGAUCUAGUACAAAAUACUAUAGUAUUGCAGAAGAAUCAGAUGACAGACAGAGCAACAGACGUCGGUCAACUGCAAAUGACAGCAGGCUAUCUGAAGGUCCUGGUUAUAGACGUUGGAAAUCAACUGUUCUGGAUUUGGAGACACCAUCACAGCGGCGAUUAACAGUUACCGAACCGGAUCGGAGAAGGUCAAGAACAGCAAGUUUUAACCCAGAGGAUGACAGACAGUCAAACUUCGGCCGAUCCGACGAAUCUACACCUGAUCGAAAUUCCAGAUCGAGAAGCGUUGUAAGCGGAACCAGCGGCCCGCGAGCGAGUGUAAGACAGUCGACGGUUGCCUUCAGCGACCACCGGGCAUCCCUCCCAUUAAAUGCGGGACCACUCAGAAUUUCCGAUCAGUCUGAUCCCAACCGUCAAUUGCGGUCUACUAGUAUGGUCCCUACAUCAGAAGCAUCAGUUUCAACCCAGACACCCCUGGGGGCAUCGGAAGAGGGGACUCAAGUGGAGUCUCAGCCUGAUGACGGCAGAAAAAGAAAGAAAAGCAGAAGCAGGAGAUGCUGCUGAUAAGUAAGGCUAUUCGUUUGUCAAACAACAACAAACAGGGUAGGACUUCUGUCAGGGACCGUCAACUUUAAUGGAAAGCAAUCACACUGGAUGGGGCUUAGAAGUGAUGGAAAACAAUUUGCGCAAUCAUGUCGGCACCGGUGUUUGGCAGCAUGGUCCUAGUUUCCACAUCGCCACAGCGAUUACGAUCAAAAAAGCCUUCAAAGCGACGUUAUUCUUAUUGUCGUUAUCAAAUUAAUGAUGCCAUUUACGGUAGACGGAAAGAUCGUUCACUCACCAAUAUUCCGAUAGCAAUACCGGCGCUUGCGCCAGCAGUAGGCAGCCCAAGAGGAUUGCCGGUGGUUGCGUUUGCUUCAACGAGUGGAACAGAAGUUGGCGGGUGCAGUUCACCAAAGCUGUUAGCAAAGAAAGUCCAUAAAAUAGUCCACAAGAAUUAACGGCACACGCACUCGAACGGAUAAGAGGCUGCAAUUUUCUGCGUUACCUCGCGGUUGUGGUGGUGGUAGUACUGAUAGCGCUGGUUGUGAUGGUAUUGGCCGUGGUAUCGGUAAUAUUUGCAAUUUCAGCGACAGUAACAUCAGAUGUAUUUUGGCCAAAUGCUCGAGUGCGUCGUUUCAGGGAGUGUGACAAUAUGUACAGUAUACUCAAAAAUUGGACAUAAGAAUGUGUCAAACUAGCUGUCUUCAUUUUGAAACACCAUAAAAGAUGAAAAUAA